AUGACUUCGGAACGCAUCAAUCUCGCGGAAGGGGACAACAGCGAGUUGGUUAACUUAUUUAGACUCGGUAUCUCGCUCACCUACUGCAUUGGCCAGAAUCAAAGGGAGGAUGUGUGGGAUAUAGAUCCGGAUCGUGACGAGAACCAGAUUCUCGAAUACUUGCAGCAAGUAAAUGAUAUUUUCUGCCUAGGGCUCGAAUCGAGAGUCGUGAGUGAUGGUGAGAGGCUCAUCUCAACUCGGAUGGAUAUAUUCCUCCUUGUUGUGUUGGCCAUCGCGAAGAAGAUAGAUAUGCAAACCAACGAGAAUGGGUUCAAGGCCGACGUAGGCCCAUAUUGGGUCAGUCCGUAUGACCUCACAGUGGAGCAGGUAGAUGUGAGAGAGCCCCGCACCUGGAGAACCCGUGUGGAUUACAUCCUACGGUAUGGAGAGCUUGUUGAUGUGCAUACCAACCUAGUGGUGCUCCGAAAAAGCACCAGGGAGUUCGACGGGGGCUGGGGGGUGCUGGCGGUCUUGUCCGCGAUUUACAACAAGAGAAAGAACAAAGAGAUCCAAGGAGAUAUCUAUGGUAUCUGCACCGACAGCUAUCAGUGGAUAUUCUACCAUGUCGACAGCAAUGGACUGUAUUCCAGACAGUUUUUGUUAUGGACCGAAGAGCCGAAACAGAUCAUCCGUCACCUCUGCCGAAUCAUCCGCCAAGCGACCACCUUAGCCCAAAAGGGUGGAGGAUUCAUUAAUGCGAAGCCUCUGGAGAAUCAGCCUGGGAAUGCGUUGCUAGGAUCUACAGCCUCCUGCUGGCUUCAGAUUGACGACUCCUAA